CUGGGAACGUGGACUCUGCUUCUGUACCCUCCUAGACUAUAAUGCCAUCCUUGCCUAAUGAGGGAGAUAACCAUGGAACCACUCGUCUGACUUUGAGUUCGGAACUGCCUUAUCAAGGCACGAUUAAAAGAAAAGCCAAGAAGAAGAAGCAUGGAGUCAUCACUGCAAAUGUUGCUGGCACAAAAUAUGAAAUUGUGCGUGUAGUAAUACGAGAAAUGGGGUUUGUGAAAACACGCGAUGAAGAUGAAACAGCAAAUCUUAUUUGGAGUGAUUGUGCUGUGCAACAAGACAAGAUUGCUGAGCUUCGAAACUACCAGAGAAUCAACCAUUUUCCAGGAAUGGGAGAGAUCUGCAGAAAGGAUUUUCUGGCAAGAAACAUGACUAAAAUGAUCAAGUGUCAGCCUCAGGAGUAUACUUUCAUUCCCCGAACAUGGAUCUUCCCUGCAGAGUAUACACAGUUUCAGAACUAUGUAAAAGAACUGAAGAAGAAACGUAGACAGAAAACUUUCAUAGUCAAACCAGCUAAUGGUGCAAUGGGACAUGGAAUCUCUUUAGUAAGAAAUGGAGAAAAAUUACAGGCCCAAGAUCACUUGAUUGUCCAGGAGUAUCUUGACAAACCCUUUCUUAUGGAAGGCUACAAGUUUGAUUUACGCAUAUACAUUCUUGUAACCUCCUGUGAUCCAUUAAAAAUAUUUUUAUAUCAUGAUGGACUGGUGAGAAUGGGCACAGAGAAGUAUCAUCCACCCAGUGAUUCAAAUUUGAGCCAAUUGUAUAUGCAUCUGACUAACUACUCUGUCAAUAAGCAUAAUGAACAUUUUGAACGGGAUGAAACAGAAGACAAAGGAAGUAAACGAUCCAUAAAAUGGUUUACUGAGUUUCUAGAAACAAAUAACCUUGAUGUCUCCAAAUUCUGGAAUGAUAUUUCAGAGUUAGUAGUGAAGACUCUCAUAGUGGCAGAGCCGCAUGUUCUUCAUGCUUAUCGCAUGUGCAGGCCAGGACAAGCCCCAGGAAGUGACAGUGUCUGCUUUGAAGUCCUAGGAUUUGAUAUUCUGCUGGACAGAAAACUGAAACCAUGGCUCUUGGAGAUUAAUCGUGCCCCAAGCUUUGGGACUGAUCAAAAAAUAGACUAUGAUGUAAAGAAAGGUGUUCUGCUAAAUGCAUUAAAACUUCUCAACAUACGGACCAGUGAUAAAAGGAGAAAUUUAGCCCAGCAGAAAGCUGAAGCUCAAAAAAGGCUGUAUGGUCAAGGCUCUAUGAAAAGACUGUUGCCAGGUUCCUCGGACUGGGAAAAGCAGCGCCACACACUAGAGAGGAGAAAGGAAGAACUGAAAGAAAGACUUGCACAAGUACGUAAACAGAUUUCCAAAGAGGAGCAUGAGAAUAGGCACAUGGGGAACUACAGGCGAAUUUAUCCUCCUGAUGAUAAGACUUUACUUGAAAAGUAUGAGAGUUUGUUAGCCACUGCUUUCCAGACAUUCCUUGCUGGGAGAGCAGCUUCACUUCAGCGGGAAAUGAAUAACCCUUUAAAAAGAAUGAAGGAAGAGGAUAUUUUGGAUCUUCUGGAGCAGUGUGAAAUAGAUGAUGAAAAACUAAUGGGAAAACCCAUGAGACAGCGAGGACCUAAGCCAUUAUUUUCUAUGCCAGAAAGUGCACAGACCUUAAGAAAACUUAGGAACUACAAUAGUGACAGUAGCUGUGAUAGCAGUAGCGAUGUGUCAGAAUCAGAAGAAGAAACUGAAAAGGAGGAUCACAAUGAAAAAAAAGAGAAAAAAAUAUCAUAUGAUCUUGAAGAAAAUAAACAUAAAACUUUAGAACGAUCAGGUAGAGUGACCUGGAAACCUUCAGUUAAAAAUGUAAAAGCUCCAUCCCAUUCAUCCCCCACGUCAUCCGCAGGUCCCAUAAGGCGCUCUGUAAGUUGUCCUCGUUCCAUAUCAAUAUUGACUACGCAGUCACAAGCAGCCGAGCAGCGUCCCCUUUCUGCCAAAGCAUCUCUGCAACUCCAGCGUGCAUCCUCUGUGAACAGGUCCCAUUCUCUAAACCGCAGCCCGUGUUCGGCCAGAGCAUCUCAGACAUCCAGUUUGGCAACUAUGAACUCUUCUGCGACUGAGUCUUUGCUGCACCAGAAAACAAAAGAGCAAGAAGAUGCUUUGACAAAAGAAGCUCUUCUCAUUCUCAAUGACAUGAGAAUGAAGUUCCCAGGAAAAACAGAUGAAGAGGCAGAAUUAAUUAUAGAAGAUAUUAUGGAUAAUUGGAAGCACCAUAAAACAAAAGUGGCAUCAUAUUGGUUGGUAAAACUGGAUUCAGUAAAGCAACGAAAAGUUUUAGAUAUAGUCAAGACAAGUGUUCGUGCAGUUCUACAGCGUGUCUGGAAGGCUCCAGACGUUGAAAAUUUACAUUUGUACCGUCUUUUUAACCGAGUAUUUAAUCGCUUGCUCUGGAGCCAUGGCCAAGGCCUGUGGAACUGUUUCUGUAAUUCAGGGAGCUCCUGGGAAACCGUGUUCAGCAGAAGCUCGGAGGUGGUGACGGCCGCGCAGCUGCAGUGCUGCCGGCGCGUGGUGCAGCUCUGCAAGCAGUGCCUGCUCGUGGUCUACAAGCACGCGGCCGAGUCGCGCAGCGCCCUGCCGGGAGCCGGCCCCAGGUGCGAGGACACGAGGUAUUUCUUGCCAGGACCUUCACCGUUCUUCAUGAAGUCAUCCUCAUCCAACUUCAGCUGCAGUUCAUCUGGGAUGCCUCGUCCUAACAUUUUGUUUACACACAGAUAUAGUCACUUGUGAAACAAAAGGAGAAUUGCUAUUCCUUGUAAAUAACGGCACUCCGUUUUUUUUUUCAAACUGCAGUUUGUGAUGGAGCAGAACAUAAGUAUUGUUAUAUUUACUACCAUAUUAUGACAACAUUUAGCUGAAAACCUAUUGCAAAAGCCUAGUCUUUCUGGAAACAUAAUAAACCAUGUUUAAGUUGUUUACACUCAUAUGUGAAUGUGUAGAUCUUGCUAAGUUUAUAAGGAAUUCCUUCCUACUAGAAAUGUUAUUUUUGCUGCAGAAUAUAUAAAAUGGAAUUGAUCUUGAAGAUCCUAUUACAGUGCUACAUUAUUUUAUAAGUAGAAUACUUUGACUUAAAUAUUUAUUGUAAAAUAUACUAUUUAUUGUCUCACAUGUCGAUCCUUUAACAAGAUAGAUGAUUAAAAAGCUAUAGUAGAUCAGCCGAACAGUAAUAGUCAUUGAAUGUAGUCUGCUCUUUUCUAGGACACA